UGGAAAUUCGCUGAUUUUUUAAUGGCGCCUAUCGAAAUCAUGGAAUCAUAAAAAAUUAUUUCGUUGAAAUGCUGGGUUUGCUGUUUCGGAUUGCAAGUCCAGUUUCAAAGGCUUUUUUCGGUUGUUAUCGAUAACAGUUGGUUUGCUGUUUGCGCUGAUCUGGAUUUGAGCGCCAGUCGAAGGGUUCUCCAUGCAUCAGCGGACCAUUUAAUUUUAUUUUUCUCAAUCAAUUUUCCUGUGAUCCGCGAUGCUGCCGGCCCUCUUCCCCCGCUGCCUCCGGCACUGUCGCUGCCUGCCGCCCGUGGGCGUCCCUCCUUCGCGCCCCCUCCGCGGCGCCGCGGGUCGCCCGGACCCCCUGAAACCGGACGCCAAGGAGGCCCCCCGCGCCAUGGAGGGUCCGCGCCUCUCCGACUACACCAUCGACGACGUGUGGCAGCGUCCACCCGACAAAUUCCCCGCCGAGCCCCCGGCCAAACCCAAACCCCGCACCCUCAAGGGCCGGGUGGACAAGUACGCCUUCCCCGAGUUCCCCCGCCUCUCCGCUGACAGCCUGCGCCACCGCCGGGACCUGGAACGCCACGCCCCUGCCCCUCCACCGCGCCGUCGGGACCCCGGGGAACCCCAUCCUUGGGCGCGGGCGGGGAUCGACGUGGAGACGGAGGCCGCGGGGUGGCCGCCCCGGAAGCAAGGGGGGUCGGCCGCCCUGGUCCGGGGAGGGGAGCGGGGCGUGUCGGUGUUGGAGCAGAUGGAGGAGGAGGAAAAGGAGGAGGUCGGGGGUGCCCCCCUGGAGCCGGGGAUGGUGGGGUACCGGGCGCGGGAGACGGCGCUGGAGGCGACGGAUUUGUUGCUGGAGCGCAUCCAGAAGGAGCGCGAUCUGGAGGGGAUGCUGCGCGUGGUGGAGCGGCACUACCGCAUUAUGAACCAGAAUCAUCUGCGGGCGGUGGUCAGUUUUAUUGUCGCCGAGCUGCAUGUCAACGGGCUGGAUGAGGAACGCCGACAGACGAUGCACGCCGACCCGCGUUUCCAGAUGCUACUGACGCGACUGCUGCGCAGUCACCGUUUCUUCAACUGUCACGACGUGCUGGAGGUGCUGAAGAUGCUCUCGUACGCGCAGGUGCCGGCCAACAGUCGGGUCCAGCAGUUCUACUUGAAUUUACUGCGCGGCUACAUCAACGAACUGAGCUUCGGGGCGCUGCUCUACACCGGCCAGCUGCUGCAACGCUAUCCCGAUGAUAAUAAUAAACUCGUCGAAGCCUUGCGCGCUGCCAUGCCGGUGGCGUUUGAGCUGCGGUUGGCGCGCGAGCUGGACGCCGACAGUAUCGCGGAGAUCUCGCGGGCGCUGGCCUUCGUGGCCAACUAUCGCGGCCACAUCCGGCACCGGCAGUGCCUGCCGCUGUACGACGCCCUGGACCGUUGGGUGCGCCACCACGAGACCGAUCCCGCGCUGUCGACAGUGCUGCCGCCCCGCGCGGCCGCCGAGCUGUUGAUCCGCAUGGAACGCGCCGCCUACCUCAGCCAUCCCGUCGUCGACAUGGUCCUCAAACUCCUCGGCAGGAGCCACGCCCAUACGCUCACUUCCGACACGGCGCGUUAUCUGCUCAGGAGUGUGCGGUAUUUACGCGGCAAAUACCCGGCGGAAUUCCAUCCCGAGCACCGCAUCCACGCCCUGGAGGAGGAGCUGAGCGGGAUGCUGCCGGACGUUAGCGUCGGCCUGGACCGGGUCGAUUCCGACCUGUUUAAACCGCGGCCGCCCCUCACCGACGCCGCUGCGACGGACACCCAGCCGGCGUGAUAGUUUUGAUUUGUUGUUGACCUUUUCUGCAGUUGUAUGUACUUCAUUUAUGGCAUGAAAAGUUGGAAUAAAGAAUGAAUAAAAUUGG